AUGGCAUUGGUGAGUUUUUUUAAAUUUUCAAAUAAGUUAUAUAUUUUUUUAAAUCUGUUUUUUUGCUAAAAUGAUAAAUAUCCCUUUCCAGCUCAAGAACCUGCUCCAAAGGGGCUCAGAAAUCGACAAAGAUCAUUUCAAACUGUCUUUUCGGAUCAUUUUCUACUACCUCUACAUAGUCAUCCGUCUUUUUAUUCAUCAAAUCGUGAAAGCUUUCCGAAUCUACAAAAAACAGCAAGUCAUACCAGAGGGCCAAAUUCGUAUCAACAACAUUCUCUACCGACAUAAAUUAGGUAUAUCUUGUCAAAAAAAAAAUUAUUUUUUUUUUUGUAAAUUUUAGACCCGGAACAAAUCGCCCAUGAUUGUGAUUUUCUGCUAUCCGGUUCAUUUUUGGCCGACUAUUCAGUUUUGAAAUCGCCUCAAUGGGUUCCCUACGCGAUUUAUAAGGUACAUUCGGGGUCGCAUUUGGAAUGGCUUGAACUCUUUUUGAUGCUCAAGGGCGCAAGUCGUUUCGAGUCGGGCGAAAAAGUCGUUGGGCGUUUAGCCAUUUCAAAUGCGACCAGGAAAGAGCAUUCCGAUUUCAGGAUGUCGUUUACUAUGUUCUCUUGCCAAAAGACGUCAAGCAGUACAGUGCCAGGAGCACUUCUUUCAUUUUCGUCCCGAUGUUUGAGGAGGUAAAAAAAUUUCUUUUUUUUUUGGGUAAAAAACUCCUAAAAGAGUGAUAGAGCGUGGGAGAUUGAGAGAGUCCUGAGAAAGAGGUUUCUGCGUCUCUGUAGCUCACGAGCUCUCUCGCUUGGAAUCUAACUUUUGAUUUUUUUGGGGGAUUUGGAAGUCUAAACCUUCAAAAGUGCCUAGCCUUCUUGAGAAUGGUAUUUUUGUGGUAUAUAGAGAAAAAGACCUAGAAUCAUUUGCAUGAAAAAAAUCAGAAAUUUAGCGGAUCGUGCCAGAAUUCUCGAGGAGGGGAGGGGGAAGAUGGUCAAAAUUUCAAAAAAAUUCUGUAUUUUUUUCAGGAAAUUUCAAAGUAAUCUCAUGCCAAAUCAUCCCUAACUCUUCAAAAAUCUAGUUAUCUUUUUUUCACUCUCUGACCGUUAACUUAAAUUUUCGCGCAAACAGUCAUUAUGACAAUAAAAUAACUCGUAAUAUCUCAGACUAUCAACCAAAACUGAAAUUUAAAAGUGACUUUCCAGGCUUUGGCCGUGGCGGAAGUGCCGAUGCCGACAUUCCUGAACCUUUUCCAAAGCAUCGAAGAGCCCCCAAAGACGGUUCUCUACACAAACACGGCCAGAUGCGGGAGCACCUUAUUGGCCCGAAUGCUGGACAACGAGGGGAAGUCCGUCUGUCUCGCAGAACCCCACGUUUUGUGUCAUUUGGCCAUGGGUCAGCAGCAGAAAUACUUUUCCGACUUGGUAGGUUCGAAAGUUUUUUUUUGUGAUUCUUGAAAAAAAUUUCUAGGAGCUCCCAAAUUUGGCCCGCGCAGUGUUCAACAGCCUGAGGUGGCACGUUCCGAAAGAUCAGGUUCGUUUAAAAUAAAAAAAAAUGUUUGAAGUUUAUUUUUCAAUUUUUCAGCUCAAUUUUUCCAAGAAUAACUCUAACAACAAUGAGAAUUUUUUAAUUUGAAAAAGAGUUAUUUAUUCAUCUUCGGAAAUUUUUAUAACAACGAAAUAUGAGUUAAAUUAGUAAUUAGGAUCCUUAAAUUAGGUCGAAAAUCUUUCAACUUGAUUUUCUUUCAUGAAAGAUUUACCGAAAAUCUUGGGUUUUUGGAAGUUUUUAAGAUUCUUUUCAAAUUCUCCAACCAUCUCCUUGUUGAAAGUAAUCAGUUUUUUUGGAAAAUGUUUCUUGAAACGGUGAAAAAUCAUGUAAUCAGGUUUUGAAAGCACUUAUGAGGCUGAGAUUUCCGUUUAGAAAUAACUUUUCAUUAUACUAAAAUUUUUGUACUAGGAAGCUCAAUUUAGGCCGAAAAUCUUUCAAUUUUAUCUCCUUUCAACAAAAAAAUUUACCCCAAAAUUGUUAUUUGUUUGAGAGAUUUCAAUUCUAAUGCCUUUUCCUCAUAUGAAAUUAUCAAUUUCUGUCGGAGAAGAUCUCAUUUUUUUAUAGGAUAUAUGUUGUAAGGUCGCUUAGAAAUAACUUCUUUCGAAAAAAAGAUUACUGUAAAUUUUGAAAUUCCAGUUUUUGCAGCUUUUUUUCGAGUUUUUCAGCUCUAUUUCUGUAUAAAUUUUUAUAAGAUAUAUGUUGUAAGGUCGCUUUGGAAAUGACGUCUUUCGAAAAAAAUUCACUAUAAAUGUUGAAAUUUUCAAUUUUCUGCAGCUUUUUUUCGAGUUUUUUUCAGCUCUAUUUUUUUGUAUAAUCACAUCCACUAAAAAAAGUUCAAGUUCUUUUUCAAGAAAAGGAUGUCACUGGAAAUUAUAAUUGAUGGAUUUUUGACUUGCUUGUUUCCUGUUUCAUUUUUCAUCAACUUCUCACAAUUCCACCUCAUCCAAACCCGAUUUCAGGUUCUUAUCCUCAAAACGACGUCCUGUGAAGCUUCUCUAGUACCAUUUUGCACGGAAGUGCCCAAUUUGAAGCACAUUUUCAUGUUCCGCAAAAAUGGGUUCCAGUCCGUUGAAAAGAUGGUUCACAGGUAGGUAGAUACUCAAUUUACAGCGGCUACUUUAGGGUUUCUAGUGGUCACUAUAGUAGUCAAAUUAGUGGCCACUUAAGAGGCUAAAAUUUAGUGGCCUCCUUCGAAGUCUAAUUGGUACUACUAGACUUCUAAAAGUGCUAUAGUGGCCACUAAGACCCUUUAUAAAGGUAGUAGUAGUGGCCACUUUAGGGUCCUUUACAAUUAGUCAUAGAGAGACCUCUUAAGUGGCCACUAAACAUUUUCCCAGUGGAUAAACGAAAAAGCUCAAGGGAACUAUGAUUUUCUUCGAAAAAGGUUUUUUUUUCAACUUUUGAGCUUUGGGACAAGAUAGCUGGAAAGUCGUUGGAAAAAAAAAAUCAAACUAUUUUUUUUUCCAGAGAAGGAGCUCUGAUAAAAUGGGACCUGGACCGAUUUAAUCGACUUCCGCCAAGUUAUCCAGGCUCAUUGAUUUGUCAGGAAUACAAUUAUGCACAGAAAUUGACGCCGAGGACGUUGAGGGUAAAAACUCGAUUAAAAAUUCUGAACUUGACCCUAAGCAGUUUUAUUUUCGUUAAGCUUAGGAUCUUGGCCUUUUUCAGCUUCCAUUGGCUUUAAAAGAUAAAAAAAAUCAAUUGUCUCUUUUGAAAAAUAAAUCGAUAAUGGAUUCUAUCAUUUUUUUUUUUUUAAUUUGAGAAAAUUUUCAGGAAUGGACAGCUAUCGUCUACGCGGCCCCGUACUCGCACUACUUGAAAAAUAAGAAAUUCUACUGUUCUGACGUCAUCUGGUUCCAUGACGUCAUCGGAGAAACCAGGAAGACUUUGGAGAGUCUUUUUGAGAAGGUUUGGAGUCUAAAUAUGAAAUUAUAAACAACAAAAUUCAAUCAAAAGAGCCUAAAACUAAUUAGAAGCUUGCAAAAAGCUAGAGAGCAUGAAAAAUGUGGAGGCUACAGAAACACUAUGGACGUCUGAGUGUCUCCAAAUUUCAAACGCUCUCUUGCUUUCUAUUCAUCAAAGCUAAUUGAGAGAUGAAAACGUUUAGAUUACUGUAAGAAUUGCGCCAAAACCUGUAUUCUAAAAAUUCAUAGAUUCUUCAGAUCUUUCGGCAUUUUCCGGUGAUUCGAUUAUUAGAUAGUUUCAUUUAAACCCGAAAUCGAUAAAUCGAUAAAUUACAGAAGUAUAAACGAAAGGAAAAUCAAUCGAAAAAGCCUAAAGAGGGCUAGAAGCUCGCCAAAAACUAGAGAGUAUGAAGAAAAUGGAGGCUUUAGAGAAACUUUGUAUGUCUGACUGUCUCCAAAUUUCAAACGCUCUCUUGCUUUCUGUCCAUCAAUGCCAGGUGAAAGAUGAAAACUUUUAGAUUGCUGUAAGAAUCGCGCCAAAACCUGUUUAUUAUAAAAUCACAGGUUCCUCAAGUUUUAUGACAAUUUCCGGUCAUUUGACUCUAAAAUCACUUCAUUUAUACUCGAAAAAGUGAAAAGGCUACUGUAAUAAUCGCGCUAGGACCUCUUUCUAGAUAAUUCUAUAUUAUUUUUUUCGUGACACUUUUCUGCAGUAUCAACCACGAAAUCGCUUAUUUAUACUUGAAAAAAAGUAAAAUAAAAAAAUUACAGAUCGAUAUUCCUGCAUCAUGUGUGGAUGAAGCUGCUGAACGGCUCGAAAGUGAUUCUCAGGCCGGCAGUUUCUUAUCUUCUUCCCUUUUGACCCAUAUCAAGGUAUCUUCUUGAUCUAAUAUCAUUUUUGAGUUUUGUAAAGGAGCAGAGGAAAGUCUCUCAAAAGGUCUCGAAGCGAAAAAAUUUUUUGAAGAUUAUCUGAGGUUGUGAAAGGCUCCUGCGUCUUUAGAAAGGCCAGUAACGGAUAUUUUAACAAAUACAUACAUGAAAAGGCUACUAGAGGUCAUUGGAGGAGAGAGGCGAGAGAAAGAGAGCAUUUUUUUUCUUUAGCGUCUCUUCAGGCUCCUUUGGUCUAUAAUAUUUUAGUCUAUUCUAUUAUAAACACGCACAACUUUUUAAAAAUGAAAAAAAGAAAUAAGAGUUUUUGAAAUUUUUAAAGGAGCAGAGACGCAUUCCUCAUAGGUUCUCGAAGCGAAAAUGUGUUCCAUUAUUGGUUCAGUAUCUUCUACGCCUUCAAAGCGUUCAACAGACAUAAAAUUUGAGAGAGCGUUGUAAAGGAGAGACGCCAAAGAAAGAGAGUAAUAUUUUUCUUGUCUGGCGUCUCUUCUAGUUCUCUUGAUCUAUGACUUCUAAUACUGAAACUUCCUGACCAAAAUCCUGAGUAAAAUGAUUAAUUUUUACUUCAAAAAAGUUUUCCAGCUCUCUCCAAUCACUCAAGAAGACCGCGCGAUGUUCUCCCGUUACGCAAGAGUCAUGGAAAUCCCAGAAGACGUUUUUCUGCCACCAAUGGAGCAAUAA